CGAGGAUUCCGCCGGAAGAAAACGUCUGACUUCUCUUUGCACUUCCUCUUUCCGUCAACGGAGUUUAGUGCACGAUGGGACGUGUGAUCAGGGGACAGAGAAAAGGUGCGGGCUCCGUGUUCAAAGCCCACGUCAAGCACAGGAAAGGUCCUGCUAAACUCCGUCAUAUUGACUUUGCUGAACGCAAUGGUUACAUCAAGGGGAUUGUGAAGGACAUCAUCCAUGACCCUGGCCGUGGCGCCCCCCUGGCCAAAGUGGUUUUCCGUGACCCGUACAGGUUCAAGAAGAGGACAGAGCUCUUCAUCGCUGCUGAGGGGAUCCAUACCGGACAGUUCAUUUACUGCGGCAAGAAGGCUCAGCUGAACAUCGGCAAUGUUCUGCCCGUGGGCACGAUGCCUGAGGGAACCAUCAUCUGCUGUCUGGAGGAGAAGCCCGGUGAUCGAGGCAAGCUGGCCCGAGCCUCAGGGAACUACGCCACAGUCAUCUCCCACAACCCCGAGACAAAGAAAUCAAGAGUUAAGCUCCCCUCAGGCGCUAAGAAGGUCAUCGCCUCUGCCAACAGAGCUGUUGUUGGUGUGGUUGCUGGUGGAGGCCGUAUCGAUAAGCCCAUCCUGAAGGCUGGUCGCGCCUAUCACAAGUACAAGGCCAAGAGGAACUGCUGGCCACGUGUCCGUGGUGUGGCUAUGAAUCCUGUUGAGCAUCCAUUCGGUGGUGGUAACCAUCAGCACAUCGGCAAACCCUCAACUAUCAGGAGGGAUGCACCUGCUGGUCGCAAGGUCGGUCUUAUUGCUGCCCGCCGUACAGGCAGACUGCGUGGAACAAAGACCGUCCAGGAGAAGGAGAACUAAAUCUAACUGCCUUGUUAAUAAAAAUCUGUUCCAAAACAACAAA